AUGGCCCUACAGUAUUUUCCGGAGACUUUUACGUUCCACGAAGAGCAAACAAUCCCUGCAUCCCUUCGUGACACGUCCUCGUUAACGAGAGUACUUUGUUUUCUGGCACUCGGACGCCCCGAUCUUGAAGACCACUGGGAGUCACUGCAAUCCAAACAAGGAUUCGAGGACGUGAGGAAAGGGCUGUGCUCUAUCCUGUCCAACACUAUCUCCGUAGCGAGCCUGCUUCUCGCGACAAGCUGUGUUUUCGUGUCCACAGGUUCUCCUGUGCCGUUCUUCGACUAUUCCUCACCUGCGACUUAUUUCCUGCUCUUUAUGUCACUCAUGCUUGCCAUGAUUGCAGUGAUGACAUCUGGUUUGAGCAUGAUUCGCUGA